AGUACCUGAUGCUGCCAUUCAACACAUCAACAGCCCAGAGGGGAGAGGAGGUGUCACUCUGCAGCUCACCAACACAUCUGACGUGAUGGCUUCCUGUCAGGAGUUUGAGGUGACUGUCCACACCUCACCUGGUCCCACCUGUGGAACCUUCAGCCGGCUGUGGCUCAACCUGAUUGGCUCGCAGGGAGAGACUCCGCCCAUGAUCGUGAACGAGGGCGACCUUCAUCUCCUGCCUGGAUCAGUGUGUCCAGUCCAGAUCCGGACCAAUGACCCUCUGGGUCGCCUGGUUUUGGUCCGGCUCCGGCUGGAGGCUCUGUUAGGAUUCCCAGACCUGGACUGGCACUGCAGCCACGUGGAGGUCCGUAGGGUUGCUAAGAGACCGGAGUCAGGACCUGAGGAUCCAGAAACACAGGUGUUCCUGUGUGACAAGUGGCUUCGAACAGCAGAUGGCGACGUAGAGCUGCGAAGUGGAAAGUUGUGUUUGCUGAAGGACGAGACAGAGGAGAAGCUGAAGCAGCAGAGACUCAAACAGCUGCAGCAUCAACAGAAACUCAUCAGAUGGCGUGUGUUUGUAGACGGUGCUCCACAGUGUGUGGAUCUGAACAGUCUGUCUGAGCUUGGGCCGAACCUCAGCUACACCCACAAAAGUUCGGCUCCAAACGUGCACUGUCUGAAAGGCUUCGCCGGCCGAGCUGAGGCCUGGACCAGCUUCACUGAGCUAGAGAUGGUCUUUACCCACAGUGGACAGCACAACAACACCGCCAAGUUUGUUCGGGCUCACUGGAAGGAGGACUGGUACUUUGGAUACCAGUGUCUGAACGGCUGCAACCCUCUACUGCUGCGUCAGAUCCGCCUCCUGCCUCCACACCUGUCCGUUACCCCUGACAUGCUCCGCCCCUUCCUGCCUGAAGACUCCUCCCUGGAGCAGGAGCUACAGAAAGGAACCAUUUACCUGUUGGACUACGAGGUUCUGGACACUGUCCCAGCCAACGUGAUCAACGGGAAGCAGACGUAUCUGUCCGCCCCGCUGUGCCUUCUCCACCUGAACCAGCAGCAGCAGCUGGUCCCCAUUGCCAUCCAGUUGCAGCAGACGCCUGGCCCUCAGAACCCCGUCUUCCUGCCCUCUGACCCCAGCUGUGAUUGGCUGUUGGCUAAGAUUUGGGUUCACAGCGCAGACUUCCAGUGUCACCAGCUGGCCUCUCACUACCUGAGGACCCACAUGUUGGGGGAGAUGUGUUGCGUGGCCACGUUGCGACAGCUGCCAGAGGUCCACCCCCUGCACCAGCUGCUGAUUCCACACGUCAGGACGUCACUACAGAUAAACUUCCAGGCUAGAGUGUCGCUGCUGGCUGCUAACGGGGUGUUUGAUAAGGCGGUGGGUUGUGGUCUGGAUGCGUUACCCGUCCUCCUCUCCCGGGCGUCGCAGAGGAUUCACUAUCGAUCUCUGUGUGUCCCUGACGAUCUGUCUGACCGUGGCAUGGAUGAGCUGCCACAGAGCUACUAUGCCCAGGAUGCACUGAGAAUCUGGGACGCCCUGCACAGGUUCGUGGUCCGGUGGGUGGAUCUGUAUUACAGUGCAGACAGUGAGGUGCAGCAGGACUCUGAGCUCCAACAGUGGCUCACUGACAUCAACACACACGGCUUCACACACAACUCAGGUUUCCCUCAGGUUUUCCAGUCCAAAGCAGAAGUGUCCAAGUUUGUUACCAUGAUCGUAUACACCUCCUCAGCUCUGCACGCCGCUGUUAACUUCUCCCAGCUGGACUUCGCCCUCUGGGUGCCAAACUGUCCGACCUCCAUGAUGCGUCCUCCUCCACAGGUCAAAGGUUCGGUGACGGACAACGACAUCUUGUCCUCUCUGCCGGACGUGAACUCGUCCUGUCGCGUCCUGAUGUCGCUGACUCUGCUGUCACAGCCCUCUGCUAACUUUGUUCCUCUGUGUCACUACAAGGAGGCCGUCUUCAGAGAGGAUGCCCACCGCAGGCUGGUAGAGGAGGUGCAGGCUGAACUCAAGACCAUUUCUGAAGACAUGUCAGAGAGGAACAGUCAGCUGGAGCUCCCGUAUCCCUAUCUCUGUCCUGGACACAUCGAGAACAGCGUGGCCAUUUAAACUUACAUUUAUCCUUCAACCAUUUACUCAGUCUCUGUCUUUCCAUCAUGUCUUUUAACUAUACAAAUGAAUGUAAUCUAAUGAGUUAAUCACUGACUGUCUUAUAUUGUGGAUGAAAUCCUCUGAGACAAACACUUCUGGUUUUAUUUCUAUGAAAAAAAAAAAUCCUCACACAAAGCUAAUGCCAUGAAUGUGUGAGAUUCACGCCCAGCGCCACACAUCAGAUCACGUUUUCUGUUUUUAUUCUUUGUUGCAGUAUUUCCUGUUUUAUUUUAGUGUCACUUACCUUUCCCUCUUGUUUUAGCCUCAGCUACACCCUCAUCUGAGUCUGUCAGUUAUUUCAGUCAGUGUGGUCAGCUUGCCUUCGAUUCCUUAAAUGAGUGUUCCAAUCAUUGCCUUGUGUUUUCGCUCUCUACUAUUUUACCAGUUCUUCAGUUUUUGACCUCAGUCUCAGUCCGUCUUGGUUCUGUUUGCUUGGUUUCCACUACACUGAACCUUCUGUCUCCAGUCAAAACUGUGAUUUUUGUCAGUCUUGUCAGUGAGAGUUUCACUAGGACUCAAAGAAUGAUCAGGAAUCUGAGGUCAGAAACUGAGUUUAUCACCUCCUGCAGCAAACAGACAUUAAAUCGAGCCUUUCCUCAAA